UCAACAUAGGCAUCACUCUGACAUACAUAAGCUUUCACUGCCACCAAGUGCAAGUAACGUCCUCCGCCACUCCUCAUGCUAUCCGAAAGUCGACCAGGAUGAACCUCGCUCGUGCCCAACUCGUCGAGACCUACAGACCGACCUAUGCGUCGAUCAGCUUCUCCUCGGGCCUGCCUACCAACCUGCCCAUCCCAGAACCUGUACCUACAGCAGAGUCUUCAAACCCAAUCAGUGAGAGAAAGAGGCGAGACAAGAAGAACUCUCAGGUGGAUCAUCAAAAGGACGUCCGGGCAAAGCUGAAGAGCAGAAAGAAUGGACAUUUCAUCGUAGCUGGCGAAAAAGGGUAUACCAUCUGGAACAACUCGAUACGGCCCGUUUCGCCUCUUGUCAACAUCGACAAAGCUGAUAUACAAGAGGUUAAAGAUAAGGGGAAGAAGAAGGAAGACCUGGACGACGGGCCGGCCAGGACGAGACCGACAGAGGAAGCCAAGCCUAUCAAGCUCUGCGAGCGAGACCUCGGCGGCUCACUCGAUAUCGCCCUCCCUUUCCCCUUCACCCCCUUGCUCGCCCUAGUAGGAGGCGGUCGAGAACCAGUCUUCCCUCCCAACAAGGUGGUCGUCUAUCACGACAAGUGGCCUGUACCAUCAGCCCCGGAAGUGUCAGACCAGGACGGUCAAGGAGAUAGAGAUGGAGAUGGUGGAGGAGUAGAAAAUGGAUGGCCGGGAAUAAAGAAGGGACAAGUGGGGAGGGUGAUCGCUAGUAUCGAGUAUCCCGAAGUGGUACGUGCGGUAGAGACCCGGAUGAACACCCUCAUCGUCGUACUCUCAGAGUCGGUCAUCUGGUACGAAUACGGGAUGCAUCCAAAGUCUGACAAGGCGCAAUCUCGCGGCGAUGAGACGGAAAGAGACUCGUCGUCCACUGGUGGUAUGAGAGACACGCAGGGGUCGAGGAAAGGUGAGGAGGAGAAGGCAGGGUUUUGGUUGGUCAAGCGGAAAGAAUGGAAGACGGCCUAUAACCCGGAUGGCCUCGCAGCGUUAUCUGCCGACGUGGGAUCAUGCUUGUUGGCCAUCCCGGGCCGACAACCGGGUCAUGUCCAGCUCGUCCAGUUGUCCUCCACAUUGGCUGUUGGAGCGGCGAAAUCGAAUACGGCGUUGAAGUCAGACUCCCAUCCUCAUGCCGCCUUUCGGUCGCCCAUCAUCAACGCGCAUUCCCACACGUUGUCCUCGUUGGCAUGCUCGUCGGACGGGAAAUACCUCGUCUCGUCCUCGGAAAGAGGGUCGAUCUUCCGCGUUUGGAACGUCGCCACGGGCUCGCUCGAGAGGGAACUGCGGAGAGGGGUCGACAAGGCCGUGAUCUGGGGUGUCGACCUGGUCUAUCGUCCGGCCAACGCGGAGAAGAGGCUGGGAAGGGAAUUGUGGAUGGUCUGUUGGAGCGACAAGGGGACGGUACAUGUCUGGGGGGACGUUCUGGGGGAGAACAAACCGACGGCGGCGCAGACCGAGGCGGCGAAGAGGAAUCAGAGCGUCACGCCGAAACAGGCCCUCAACUCGUUGUUGAGACCGUACAUCCCCGUCCCCAAAUACUUUCAGGCGGCCAAGUCGUCCGCCCUGUUCCGACUGCCCUUGGAGGAGACCUCGGCGAGGCCUCAAAUUCUGGGUCGAACCAGCUCGUCGGGUCCGAGCAUGCGCGAGUUGGCACUUCGAGACCGGUACGUCGUCGCUUGGCAGGCUGUCAGGGAUGCGAGGGUCGGCGUCGGGGCAUCGGAUCCCCUAGGCUACGUGCCAGAGUUGCAGCUGGUCAUCGUCACUCACGCUGGAGAGUGGUAUCGUCUGGCGGUGCCCGAGCGCAAGUACGUCGGUCUGGAUGCAGGGGAGGGCACGACGUCGACGAGCGAUCGCACGGGACAGGAAGACGAGGAUGCAGACGUCCGUGUGGAUCGAUGCAGCGUGAUGACCUAUGUGGAUCUGAACGUGGUGGAUGAGUGGUGACGAAGUGCGGAUUGCAGGCACUGAUUGACGGAUACACGAUCAUGGGGCGCUCCCUUACGAAAUGACUUGGACUGCGGAUAUUGUAUCGGUUUUGUGCUUGUAUCUUAUCGUUGUACUGCUAGCUAUACAUUAUACCGACUCUGUCUUUGUCUUGGCGACGAA